GAGAGUGAAAGACAGUAGCGGAGUGAUACAGUAAGAGAGGAAGAGUGCAGGACCAUUAACCCACCUGUUUAUCUAUCUACUGAGGGUGCCGAGGAUGAAAUAAGAUACGGAAAACAGUAAGAUAAGACGAGACAGUCAACCUAUCUAUCUGCCUAUCUAUCUAUCUGAGUGGACGCCGAAGAUGUAAGACGAUAAGGAAAACAGUAAGAUAGGAAGCUACAAAGGGGAUGAAAGGAGGAGUAAGAGACUUUGAAGCUAUCUGUCUAUGUACCUAUCUACGUAUCUAUCUAUAUGUCUAUCAGCCUAUCCAUCUAUCAAUCAAGGGUGACGGUUCUCUCUUUGUCUAUUAUCGUCAGACGCUCCUUCACUUAGCGAGCUGGAAUGGCCUUGCUGCUCACAGGCUUUGAAUCUGUCCUGUCUUGCCCUGCCUUGCCUUGUCUUGCUUUAUCGUGUCCUGCCCUGCCUUGUUUUCCCUCGUCUUCCCUUCCCUUCCCUUCCCUUCCCUUCUCUUGCCUUGCCUUGCCCCACCCUUCAUCCCAGCACAGCCUCAUCUCGCACCUCGGCGGCUCUCGAAGGAAGGGCGACUCGAACUCCCAGUCUUGUCUCUCUUAAUGGAAAACUUGCGUUGCUCUUAACUUGGCGGCGAGUGAGCAAACUGCAGCUUUCUGACGGGCAGGUCCUCGUGAAGGUGAAGGCGGCCAGGACUUACUGUGCCUCGUCCCUUGUCAGAGCGCUGAGAAGGAGGAGGAGGAGGAGGAGGAGGAGGAGCGGGUGGCGACGGCUGGCGGCUGGGUGGGCAGUCGAACCUUGCAGUGUGUCCGUAGCCAGCCAGCGGGAGGGUUGUUCCAGGUGUCUUCCCGCCUCUCCUCGCGCUCUGCUUCCCGCCGUGCCAUGCCGUGUCGCUGUGCCUCCCGCCGGUGCCAGUACCUCCGCGGGGUGCCAGGGAGUGCCGCGUGUGGGGGAGGGGCGGUGGGGUGUGCUAGUGCCCGGCGCGGAUGUGCAGGACACGAUGAAGAAAUGAAAUGAAUAACAAUACUGGUGAUAACAAUAAUAAUAGUGAAAUUGUGAGAAUGACAGGAGACAAAGGAAAAUAGCAAGAAAAUAAGAUGCAAAAUACAAAGGAGAAAACAAGAAUUGAAUAAAUAUAGCAACAAUAAUAUCACUAUUAAUAAAACUGUGUAUAGAGAAGACGGGAAAAAAGGAAAACCCAGGAUUACAAGAGAAUAUGUGAGCCUUUGAAAAAAAAGAAAAAAACAAGAAAAUAAUAUACAGAAUACAAAGGAGAAAACAAGAAGUGAAUAAAUACAACAACAAUAACAUCACUAUUAAUAAAACUGUGUAUAGAGAAGACGGGAAAAGAGAGAAUAUGUGAGCCUUUGUGAAAAAAAAAUAUAUAUAUAUAUAUAUCAAAACAUUUAGUGUAAUCAUCAGAGGAGCUUAUGUGUGUGAAAAAAAAAUCGUUGUUAAUAGAUGAAUGAUAUAGAGAUAAUAAAAAAAAACUGGAGGUAGUGUAGCAAUAGAAAAACAUAAAAAAAAUUGUGAAGUGAUACGAUAGAAAUAGUAAUGUCACUGAAGCAUUAAUUAGAAAAGUGCAGUACUAAAAGAGUGAACUGUAAAAAUAUAAAGUUGAUAUUACUGAACCAUUAGAGAAAUACAGCACAAGACCUAGUGAAGUGUAAAGAUUGAAUAUUAAAGUUACUGAACCAUUAGAAAAAAAAUAUAUUGUAGUUAACAUAUAUAGCGAGGUGUCAAGACUAAACAUUAAUGAUAUAAUGGUUACUAAAUCUUUUAUAAAUUCUGAAAUGAAGUUACAAUUGAAGGAAAGGAAGAUCAAGAAACGCUGAGCAAACUAUACAAUUGAAAAACAAAGAGUAUACGAUAAUAAAAACGAAAACUACGAUAGAAAAAGGAGAGAAAUGAAUAAAAACAGAACCGGAACGAACACUGACCAAGCAUUUAAGAAUUGAGUGUAACAGCAAGAAAGAAAAAGGAAAAAACAUACCACAAUGCGAUAGAAUAAUAACAAAUACAAAAAUAAAGACAGAAAUAUUUACUUACAACAAUAUGCAAGAGAAAAGAAAAAAGCAAAAAUAUUAAAUCAGUUUGAGAAAAAAAAACUAACAAAAAAGCACAAAAAAAAGUAAAAAGAAGGAAAUCACAUGGAAAAAUAAGAAAACAGUAACAAACAACAAAUACGUGAAAAAAGUGAAAAAAGAAACCACAGAAAAAAUAAAAGAAAACAGUAGCAAAAAGAAAAAAACUGCAAAAAGUGAAAAAAAGGAAACAACACGAAACAGAAUCAAGAAAAUAAAUAAAUAAAAAAAACACGAAACAUCCAAAAGAAAAACGAUGAAAAAUAGAAUCAACAUGACAAAGGUGACCAGAAAGUGAGUGAAUCUUACCAGAAAGGUCACGUGUCCUCUCUCUCUCUCUCUCUCUCUCUCUCUCUCUCUCUCUCUCUCUCUCUCUCUCUCUCUCUCUCUCUCUCUCUCUCUCUCUCUCUCUCUCUCUCUCUCUCUCUCUCUCUCUCUCUCUCUCUCUCUCUCUUUCUUCAAGGUCAAUGAAGAGUCCUUCUGGCAAGAUGACCUCACCUCCAUCACAGAAGGGAAGGGUCAAAUGGCCCUUUCAAUUCUUCCUUCUACUAAUCCUGGUGGUGGCGGCAGCGGGGGACGAGCAGGAGUACAGACUGACUCGGUACCUCAUGGCAAACUAUGAUCCCUCAGUCAGGCCCGCCAGGAACUCCUCCCAGGCGCUCUCCGUGGUGUUCGGCGUGUCCCUGCACAGCAUCAUUGACGUGGAUGAGAAGAACCAGAUCCUCACCACGAACUGCUGGCUGACGCAGGUGUGGAGUGACGCGCACCUCACCUGGAAUGCCUCGGACUUCGGCGGCAUCCAGGUGAUCCGCGUGCCCUUCCAGCGAGUGUGGAAGCCCGACAUCAUCCUUUACAACAACGCGGAUGCCCAGUACUCAGCCGCCACCAUCAACACUAACGUGAUCGUCACCUCGAGCGGGGAAGUGACGUGGCUCUCACACGGCAUCUACAGAUCGUCUUGUGAUAUGAAUGUCGAGUUUUUCCCCUUCGACGUGCAGUCUUGUAAGAUGAUGUGGGCGUCCUGGACCUACGACGGGUACCAGCUGGACCUCAUAAAGCAGAUGGACACCGGGGACAUGUCCAACUAUCAGUCCAACGGGGAGUUCGACCUGGUGGAGUUCACGGCAGCCAAGAACAUCACCUACUACUCGUGCUGCCCAGAGCCUUACCCUGACAUCACCUUCACCAUCAAGCUCAGGCGGCGUCCUAUGUUCUACGUGUUCAACCUCAUCCUGCCCUGCGUGCUUAUCAAUGGUAUAGCCCUGCUAGUGUUCUACGUGCCCAGCGAGUCCGGAGAGAAGGUUACGCUGGGGAUCUCCGCACUGCUCUCCAUGACGGUGUUCCUCAUGACCAUCCGGGAAUCCCUGCCGCCCACUGAGAAGACCCCGCUCAUCAGUCUGUACUAUGGCGUCACCAUCUGCCUGGUGAGCCUGGCGUCCGGCAUGUCGGUGCUGACCCUCAACAUCCACCACCGCGGCGUGAGGGGGACGGAGGUGCCCAGGUUUAUCAAGAAAAUGAUCCUGGGAGGGCUUGCUCGCUUCCUCUUCCUCCAUUUCCACCCACCCGAAGCAGCCCCGCCUCCACCCCAAGAGGAGAAGGAGAAAAGUAUCCACCUGAAUGACCUUCGCCCGGAGCUUGGCGUGCGGCUGGACUCCCUCAGCGCCGAGAAGUUCCACGUGACAGAAGUGGACAACGUGGAUCUGUUCAAUGUGUCGCCUAGAUUCAACCCACGCCGCCACGCCCCCCACGGCUACGAGUGCACCGCCCCCACGCCCACGCCCACGGCCGCUCAGAACUCAGCAGACUUCGAGCAACAGUUCCUACGGGUUCUGAACAAAGUGUACCAGACGAUAGAGAAAAAUGAGAUGAGACUCGCGGAGCAGGACAGGAGAGAGGCAACUAGAGUGGAGUGGCAGCAGGUGGCGUUAGUGUUUGACAGGUUCCUCCUCGCCUGCUUCCUGCUCUCCACUGUCAUCGCCACCACCACCAUCCUCUUCUCCUCACCUCAUGGUCCCUGACGCCCCCCAGCCGCCGCCCACCCGAGUCCCCGUCAGUAGCAAUCCCCAGGGGCAGCCAGGAAGCAACCACUCCCCCAGAUGACAGAAGGGCGAGACAAGAUAUUGAGAGAGACGCACCACCACCACCACUACCACCACCGGAACAAGAGGAUCCUCAACCACCACCACCACCACCAAGAACACGAAGACGAAGCCACAGCCACCUAGAUCUUUCGAACGCCUCCAGGACCGUGUUCGUUGUAAUUACCGUUUUAGGACUGAGGAGGUUAAUUUUGUUUAGUAUGAAAGGAUGGAAGAAUAAAGAGCACAUGAUUAAGUACUACUAGACUGCGUGGUGGGAGUGGACAGAACGUUUGAAUAUGUGUAAAUCUUGUUAUUCUUUUCAUUAUUGUAAUAGUUUUGCUGUGAGAACGUGUAAUCAUUGUCUUUAUUGUUAUUAUUAUUAUUAUUAUUAUUAUUAUUAUUAUUAUUAUUAUCAUUAUUAUUAUUAGUCAUCGUCAUCAUCAUUAUUGUCAGUCACGCAUUCUCUCUCUCUCUCUCUCUCUCUCUCUCUCUCUCUCUCUCUCUCUCUCUCUCUCUCUCUCUCUCUCUCUCUCUCUCUCUCUCUCUCUC